GGCGGAGGGUCGCCUCUUAGGCCAGUCACCGCUCGGAAGCCGUGAGGGCAGCUCCUCGUCGCCCAGUCGCUCAGUGUUUACAAAACAUCGCCGACGGAGAGAUGAGCGGAAAGACGCAGGCCGCUAAGCACAACCUGCUCACAAAGAUAAAGAAAGAAGUGCCAGACUUCGAAAUCAAGGAUUAUGCUGAAAGUGCGAUGAAAGAGGUGCUGGGCUGGUACGGCUACGACAGGGGAGGAGGGUCGAGUUCUGAUACAUCUUCCGAACUCGAAGGUACUGCGCCGAGCCAACCCUCGAAGAAAAAAGCAGCACACUUGACCAACGUACCAUCUGGAUGCAUGUGCUGUGCGUGGUGCCAAAAGGUGGGAAAUGCAAAACAGUUCAACUUCAAAACACCAAGUGGGAACAAGGUGUUUUGUUCCGAACAGUGUUUUACGCAAUGCAGGAGAGCCAACUUCAAAAGGAAUAAGACAUGCGACUGGUGCAAGCACGUCCGACACACGGUCAAUUAUGUCGAUUUCCAAGAUGGAGAUCACCAGCUGCAAUUCUGCAGCGACAAAUGCUUGAAUCAAUACAAGAUGAAUAUAUUCUGCAAGGAAACACAAGCGCAUCUUGAAUUGCAUCCACAUUUGCAGGAGGCGUCAGCUCCAAGUGGGUCAGAAAAGAGUGGAACCAAUUUAAUAACACCUGAUCUUUGGUUAAGGGAUUGCAGAUCACAAUCACCCGAGACUGACAAGUCUCUGUCACCAGCUCCAAGAUUGACAUCACCCCUUAUAGAAAUCAAACUGCCACCAUCGAGUCCACAACAUGAAAAAGACAAGAGAAUCAAAGAAAUCCCAAAGAAAAGGUGCAUGAAAAGAAAAGUUCAGGAGAGAGCAAGCUCUUUAUCACCAAGGAGUAACAGUGCUUCACCGCCAAAAUUCCAUCCUCAUGUUCCGUUACAGAUGCAUCCUCCGUUCAUCCAUGACAGGCAAUAUUUCUUACCUCCUGGCUUGAUCCCUCCUCCUCAUUUCUUUCACGAUAGGUUCCCGACUCAGCCUAUCCCGAGGAAAAUGAACAACAAUAAUAUCCCACCACUUUUGCCAAUUUCAAGACCUUUACAACCACCUUUGUUCAGGCCUUCAUCUCUAGUACCUCCCCCAACUACUAUUGUACCUUAUCCGAUUUUCCUACCUAUCCCCAUACCCAUACCCAUCCCAAUCCCUAUCCCUGGGCUGAAACUGUCUGAUCUCUCCAGUCCCACGAACCCAACCUCAUCUGAAGAAUCCAACAACAAUUCAGAAGUAAACGACAAAAAAUCGGUGACUCCGCCUCGGAAGAAGAACAGGAUCACCGAAGACAACGAAACCCUCAACGAGCCAAAGACUGUUCACGCCUAACCACAUGAAAGAUGUUCAAAACAUCGAACGUGUAGAUAAAGUGUACAAAUAAAAUUAAACAGUAGUUUGUGUCUAUUGACAUUAUUGUAUAGAUAAUUGCACUUGAUCUCUUAGCUGAUAGUUAUCAGUUUUUAUUUCAAGAUUUUUACUAGCAUUCUAUUUUUUAUAUUUAGAAAUCAAGAUAAUUGUGUUUAAUCUUUGUUUUGUAAUAUUUAGAAUGGUGCUGUUUUUCGCUCUCUUUUUGUUAAUGAACUAAAAAUGCACAUUGAAAUGUUCAAGUUUCCUUAUAAUUUUUAUUAUUAAAUGUUUUUCUUAAACAAGUCUGCAUUCACUAUCAUAAAUCUGCCUAAACUUUAAUCACAAGUAACUGAACAAUGAAAACUGAUAAGUUUAAUUAAUAAAAAUAAUAAGUUGACAUGGUGAAUGUUACAUCACAUUAAAAAAUUAACAUGUAACAUGAUUUUAAAAUGGAUCAACCAUUUAAAAUAUGUAUACUAUUAAGAACCCUUCAAUAAUAUUCAUAUGACAUAGUUACAACAUUAUCAUUUCAACAAAAGUGAAUUGCCGACUAUUAUAUGACCUCUCCAUUUUCAUUAUUUUAUUGUCCUUCUUUUAAUUCUCAAGUGGGGGAGCCGGUCAAUAGGGAGGAUUUGCAUGAGUGGUAAUCUAAUCCAGGCCCACUAAUGACAACUGCCUGUGAAAACUGAUCAUCGUGAAAGGGUUGAAAUAAGAUCUGUUUUUAUAUUAAAUUGUCAAAUGAUAUGCCCUUUUGAGUUUUUGGAAUAAACUGGAAUAAAGCGGAUGCUUUUUAAUUAAUUUUGGACGAGUUUUACAAAUACUCCGAAAAUGUUGUAAAUGACUCUUUUAACUACAGUUUGGUUAUAU